UCGGAGUCGGAAAACAGGCUCGACGUUGACCACGCUUGACGACACACGCCAAACAAAAGGGCGAUACAAGCGAAUUUCAUCAAACAUCAAAAAUGUUGAAAGAGUUGGUGAAGGAGCGACUCAUGGCGGCGGCUGAUGAAAUAUUCGCGCUGUUUGAAAGAACCAUCGCGUCGUACGAGGAGGAACUUUCUAGAACACGAGAGAAGGAGCGACAUCGACAACUGCGAACUGAAAGUGUGCUCCAUAUAGAAGAAGUCCAGCAGGUGAUUGGUCAUCCAAAAGAACAGCUGUUGGGAAGGACGUCCACUUGGAAACAGGAGGAUCCACAGCCCCCCCACUUUAAAAGGGAAGAUGAGGAAGUGUGGAUCACACAGGAGGGAGAGGGCUGUCUAUGGCCGCAAGAGGCUGAGAUCCCCAAGUUGCCACUGACUGGGGUCUCUGUGAAGACCGAAGACCAUGAAGACGAACCAGUCGAGUCCUCACUGCGUCAUCACAGUCCAAGUGAGGAGAACAGAGGGGCGGAGCCUCCAAACAGCAGCUUACUACAACUCCAGACAACAGAAAUGGAUGUGGACUUCUGUGAGGUCCCACUGUCAGAUAGUGAGGAUCAACCUUUGAGCAGCGAGACACAAUGUGAAGACCAUAUGAGGACUCACACUGGCAACAAACAUUCUAAAUGCCCUAAAAAGAAGGUCGGUACCAAAGGUUUUGCUUGCUCUUUUUGUGUCAAAAGCUUUUUCCAUAAGACAGAUUUUGCUCGACACAUAAGAACACACACCGGAGAAAAACCUUUCACUUGUUCAGUUUGUGGCCAAAGGUUCGCUCGGAACGGCACUUUGACGACACACAUGAGAACCCACACGGGCGAGAAACCCUUCACUUGUUCGCUUUGCGCCAAGACAUUUUCCCAAAAGCCACACUUGAUAAAGCACAUGAGAACGCACACGGGAGAAAAACCCUUCACUUGUGCAGUUUGCGGUAAAAGGUUCUCUCAGAAGUCGGCAAUGGUGAUACACGUGAGGACGCACGCGCGGAAAAAAGCUUUUCGAGGACAGUUGGGCUCAGCCGCGCGAAAGAAUAGGAUGAGAUGAGGACAUUUGCAUACUCUUUCAAGCGACUGUGUA